CACAACCAAAUACGUCAAAGUGGCUUAGUUGGCAUUUCGAAUUUGCUGAAUAUUUUUGUUUCUCUCUCUAAACUCUCGCCUGUGAUCGCAUUUCUCGUCGACAUCUCAGACCACUCGCUUUCCGAUCUUCGUCAAAAUUCCACUCGGGUGUUUCCAUUGGGGAUUUCGAGUAAGGGCUAGAUUUCAGCGAUGAAUUUUAUAAUUGGGGCUUUUAAGCCGGCGUGCCACAUUUCAGUUGCAUUUUCAGAUGCAAAAUCUCGAAAGCAGGUCCCAUUGAAGAAGGAGAAUGGUCAAACAGUAAUGGUUCCGUUCUUCCGAAGUCAAGAAAACAUAACUGGCAAGAUUUCUGUCGAACCAAUUUUAGGGAAGAAGGUGGAACACAAUGGUAUCAAGGUUGAGCUUCUUGGUCAGAUAGAAAUGUACUUUGACAAAGGCAACUUCUAUGAUUUCACUUCUCUGGUUCGUGAACUGGAUGUUCCUGGAGAAAUUUAUGAAAGGAAAACAUUUCCAUUUGAAUUUUCAACUGUGGAAAUGCCUUACGAGACAUACAAUGGGGUAAAUGUGCGGCUCAGGUAUGUCCUAAAAGUGACAAUAAGCCGGGGUUAUGCUGGUAGCAUUACGGAAUAUCAAGACUUUGUGGUCCGGAAUUACAGCCCUACCCCAUCAAUCAACAACAGCAUCAAGAUGGAAGUUGGAAUUGAGGAUUGCCUUCAUAUCGAGUUUGAGUACAAUAAAAGCAAGUAUCAUCUAAAGGAUGUUAUUUUAGGCAAAAUAUACUUCCUUCUUGUAAGAAUCAAGAUAAAGAAUAUGGAUCUUGAGAUUAGGCGUCGAGAAUCGACAGGUUCAGGGCCGAACACUCAUGUCGAGACAGAGACUCUUGCAAAGUUCGAAUUGAUGGAUGGUGCUCCAGUCAGAGGUGAAUCUAUUCCAAUUAGAUUGUUCCUAAGCCCGUAUGAGCUGACUCCAACAUAUCGAAACAUCAAUAAUAAAUUUAGUGUAAAGUACUACUUAAACCUUGUACUUGUUGACGAAGAGGACCGUCGAUAUUUCAAGCAACAGGAGAUCACAAUGUACCGGCUUGGAGAAACAUCCUGAUUUAACUUACGAAAGUACUAAAGAUUUACGGCCUCCUGGAGGUUUACUAAGUCUUGCAGCCUUGUGUUUUUCUUGUGAAAUUGAGAUGUUACUCAGAAAAGGCAAGAACAACUUUGUUUUAUUGUAGUCGUCACCCAUCUUUGAUACAAUCAUACAAAAUACAUACAGUUGUACAGAGGAAGAAUUAUGUAUAUGGAUGGUCGAUAUUUUGGCGGGAUUGCAGAUACUUUCUAGUAUGGAAUGGUUCAUAAGGCAAUAACGAGUGUCCCAACAAACGCAGUUGUACUUUGUCAGGAUUGAUUUGAACGACACUUAUCCGCUGUGGGCUUCCGUUUGUGUUCUGCUUAUUGCCUCGUUAUAAUUUUGUAUCAUGAAACAUUAGUCGUGUUUCUAUAUUAUAGUCUGAGAUUCCUGCCGAACAUUCUGUUACGAUUGAGUGCGGGCAAAUCAUGAGAUGUAGUUCUAACUCUGGGUUAGAAAGCAAUUUUGCUAUUAA